GCCGCUUCCUUCACCACCGGCCAUCGCCCUGUCACUUUGGGCUCUUUCACCAUGCCUGGGUCACUUCCCUUGAGUGCAGAAGCCUGCUGGCCAAAAGAUGUGGGAAUUGUUGCCCUUGAGAUCUAUGUUCCUUCUCAGUAUGUUGAUCAAGUAGAGUUGGAAAAAUAUGAUGGUGUGGAUGCUGGAAAGUAUACUAUUGGCUUGGGCCAGGCCAAAAUGGGCUUCUGCACAGACAGAGAAGAUAUCACUUCCCUUUGCAUGACUGUGGUUCAGAAUCUUAUGGAGAGAUACAACCUUUCCUAUGAUUGCAUUGGACGGCUAGAAGUUGGAACAGAGAUCAUCGACAAGUCCAAGUCAGUGAAGACUAACUUGAUGCAGCUCUUUGAGGACUCUGGAAAUACAGACAUAGAAGGACUAGAUACAACUAAUGCUUGCUACGGAGGCACAGCUGCUGUCUUCAAUGCUGUGAACUGGGUUGAGUCCAGCUCUUGGGACGGACGGUAUGCACUGGUGGUCGCAGGGGAUAUUGCUAUAUAUGCCACAGGAAAUGCUAGACCCACAGGUGGAGCUGGGGCUGUAGCUAUGCUAAUUGGACCAAACGCGCCUUUAGUUUUUGAACGAGGACUUCGAGGGACCCACAUGCAACAUGUCUAUGACUUUUACAAGCCUGAUAUGCUUUCUGAGUAUCCUAUCGUAGAUGGGAAACUCUCUAUACAGUGCUACCUCAGUGCUUUAGACCGCUGCUAUUCUGUCUACCGCAAAAAGAUCCGCGCCCAGUGGCAAAAAGAGGGGAAUGAUAAGGAUUUUACUUUGAAUGAUUUUGACUUUGUGAUCUUCCACUCACCCUAUUGUAAACUGGUGCAGAAAUCUCUUGCUCGGAUGUUUCUGAAUGAUUUUCUUAAUGACCAGAACAGAGAUAAAAAUAAUAUCUAUAGUGGCCUAGAAGCUUUUGGGGAUAUUAAAUUGGAAGAUACUUAUUUUGAUAGAGACGUGGAAAAGGCAUUUAUGAAGGCUAGUUCUGAAAUCUACAAUCAGAAAACAAAGGCAUCUCUGCUUGUAGCAAAUCAAAAUGGAAAUAUGUACACAGCUUCAGUGUAUGGUUCCCUUGCUUCUCUUCUAGCACAGUACUCACCUCAGCAGCUGGCAGGGAAGAAAAUCGGAGUAUUCUCUUAUGGUUCUGGAUUGGCUGCCACCCUUUACUCCAUUAAAAUUACACAAGAUGCCACCCCAGGGUCUGCUCUUGAUAAAAUAACAGCAAUGUUAUGCGAUCUGAAAUCAAGACUUGAUUCAAGAACUUGUGUAUCACCAGAUUCUUUUACUGCAAGCAUGAAGCUCAGAGAAGACACUCACCACCUAGUCAACUAUAUUCCCCAGAGUUCAAUUGAUUCACUCUUUGAAGGAACAUGGUACCUCAUGAGGGUGGAUGAGAUGCACAGAAGAACUUACGCUCGGCGACCCUCCCCAAAUGACACUUUGGGUGAAGGAGUAGGACUUGUGCAUUCAGGUACAGCAAAUGAGCACAUUCCAAGUCCUGCAAAGAAAAUGCCAAGUCUUCCUGCAACCACGGCAGUCCCUGAAGCGGGUGUCAUAAGUAAUGGGGAGCAUUAAUAUCCUUAUGUGACAUGCAAGACUUUGUGUGGGUUGGGGUGGGUGGGUUAUGGAUGGGUAUGAUUGAGGGACUGGCAUGUCUGGGAACAAUUUUAAAGGAUUACUUAGAUUUUUAUGUGACUGACAUGGAGCCUGGAAAACUAUUGUGUUUUGGGGAAAGUCUCUGCUCUCAAUUUGCUAACAUGCUUCCUUUUUGUGAUUUAGCCAGCACUUAAUGUACUAGAAUGAUGAUAAAGGUUCUGUAAAACUUCAUAAAAUUCUUGCGCCAUUUAUAUGCAUGAAGUUAUGUUUCUAUUGUGAGAUAAUGAACAAUAUGCUUCUGGCAAAAGAAAGCAAAAGUGCUAGUCUCCACUUUUAAUUUCUUUUUUUUUAAACGUAAAAAUUUUAUACUUUGAACAAGCAAGAUUAUUGAAAGUACCUGCAGUUUUUGAAAACAUUUCUAUAUAGUCUUCACAUAUGAUAAGCACAGGUCCUGUUUGAAAUAGCAAGACAAACAAGCUCUUUUUUAAAAAUGUUUAAGCCUUGAACCUGAAGCAGUUUGGGGGCAGUGCAGUCAUGGUGAUUCUAGAAUCUAGAAUUUUUCUUUAAAUUCAGACCUGUAGUGAUGCAAAAUCAUUAUGACAUUGAUGAGCAGAGCUGCUAAUGUUUAGCAGACAUUGGAUUGAAAACAUGCUUCAGUCAGGAGCCAUUCUUGUAGCUCUCAAUUUACUCCGAAAUCAAUUUAGGGUAGAUUAUGUUAAACAUUGAUGAGAUGUUUCUGAAUCUAUGUAUGAACAAGUUUGCUAUUGCAAUCCUUCUUUGCACCUUAUUUCACGCAAUAAAUAAAAAACAUUUUUCUGACUGCCUUUUCAAUAUUUCAAAGGAGUGAUAUGGGCAGGGCAUUACUAGAUGACAUCUGAUGCUUCAGUGUUACCAAUUCAACUUAAAAACGGAUGACUUAAGUUCAUGGUUUAAGUGUUUUCUUAUUUUUUUGCUCAUUUGUAUCUGUUCAACAAGAACAAAAGUACAAUCCCAGAUUAUGAUCAGCCCCCCAAAGUAUUCCAUUUUAAAGUCUGAAAGUAAGACUUAUAAGCAUUCUCAGACUCUCACAUUUAUAAAUGACAAAAACUAUCACAAGGGGUGAGUAGGACUGGUUAGUUUUGUAGAUCACUUUUUGGUGCUGAAUUAAUUAUAUGACACGAGCCUUAUAGAAUGUAAAAUAGAGAUAGUUGGGACUAAUGUACAGAACUAAAUUUUUUUUAAAUUUUAUUUUCUGUUCAAUUCUGUGAAGUUUCAGUUAUCUAAAGUAAAUUUACACAAAUAUGUAAAGUUUCAGAUUACAAGGUAAUAUGUAAUGUAGUGUUUGUAAAACUCUUGUCUAAUAUUAACUAAUAGGAUUUUAAUUGUACAGUCAUACUUUGUUUAAAAUGACUUCAUUUUAACAUCUACUGAUAUUGAUUAAUAAUGUAACUUCAGAUUUAAAAAUUGAAGGGAAAAUUGUGCAUGUAAAACUUGCAGGUAUUUGGAGUUAGAUAUGGUUGGAAAAGAAUUAUUUAACUCUGGGAUGCCACAAAAUGAAUUUUCACAAAGCCCAUUGCCGGCAAUGGGUAGAUCUAAUAAUAUUGGCACCGAACAUAAACUGUAUACCUUAUUAACAGUGAGGUAAAUAACUUUGAAUAAAGUUUUAGAAAUAUUUCAAAAAAAAAAAAAGAAA